AGGCACUCUGUGAGACACCCCGCAGACGCCCCCGAGAAGGAGAGGAAUAUGUACACGAAGGUUCAGCUCGAGAAGGAGGCCGGGAAGGAGGCCUCGCAGCUUUACGGCCUGGGCUUCCGGCCCAGCACCGACGGCUUGGAGUGCCUCGUUGUGGAGGCCAUCCGGCCGUGCUCGCUGCUGGAUUUGUGGAUCAACAAGCAGGCGAACCCCACCGCCGAGGUACUCCUGGAGGAGGCGCUGGGCGACGCGCAGCCCGAGGGCAGCGGCGGCUCGGCCGCGGCCGCGGCCGACGGCGCCAGCGGCGCGGGGGAUCGCCAGGGCGACGACCCAGAGCGGCUGCGGCGGGCGGCGGAGGAGGUGCGCCCUGGCGCGGCCGUCGUUGCGGUGAACGACGUCUCCGCCGACGUCGGCAUGAUGCAGCUGCAGCUCACGAAGCCGAAGGUGACGAUGUGGGUCCGCUCCUACUACACGCACCCGAGCGAGUUCGAGAGCGAGCUGCUGGCGGCCCAGCAGGCGGUCCCGGGGCACGAAGGCCUCGGCGCCGCCGCCGCGGCGCAGGGCCCGGCGCCCGGGUCCGGCGCGCCAGGCGCC